GUUUCGUUAAGUACUGUGGGUUACCAUCAUCCUCUCCUGUCUCCUCAGCCGCACUGAUCCGAGGGAACAGGAAGAACUGUGCUCAGUUCUCUGGCUCUUUGGACUGGCUCAUCAGCAGACUGGAGAGACUGGAGGCCUCUUCUGGUAUACUAGAGGUGCUUCACUGUGUGCUGGUGGAGAGUCCUGAGGCACUGAACAUAAUCAAAGAGGGACACAUCAAAUCCAUUAUAUCUCUGCUGGACAAGCAUGGGCGUAACUACAAGGUUCUGGAUGUGUUGUGUUCUCUGUGUGUGUGUCACGGCGUGGCAGUGCGCUCCAACCAGCACCUGAUCUGUGACAACCUGCUGCCAGGGAGAGACCUGCUGCUGCAGACAUGCCUGAUCAACCACGUAAGCAGCAUGCGUCCCAACAUCUUCCUGGGUGUCAGUGACGGCUCCGCUCAGUACAGGAAGUGGUACUACGAGUUGAUCGUGGAUCAGGCGCUGCCGUUCGUCACAGCGGAGGCUUCUCACCUCAGAGUGGGCUGGGCCAACACCAGCGGCUACGCUCCCUACCCCAGCGGGGGCGAGGGGUGGGGGGGCAACGGGGUGGGCGAUGACCUUUACUCCUAUGGCUUUGAUGGUCUCCAUCUCUGGUCAGGCUGCAUUGCACGGACUGUCAGCUCACCCAAUCAGCACCUCCUGAGUGCCGAGGACGUGGUGAGCUGCUGCCUGGACCUCAGCGUGCCCAGCAUCUCCUUCAGGAUCAACGGCCAGCCGGUUCAAGGCAUGUUCGAGAACUUCAACUCUGACGGCCUCUUCUUCCCUGUGGCCAGCUUCUCUGCAGGAGUCAAGUCAGUGCUUUACUGA